AUGGAUGAAGAGCUGAAAGCUAUGGAAGAUAAUAACACUUGGACCCUGACUCAACUACCUCCAAACAAGCACACCAUUGGAUGUAGGUGGGUGUACAAAAUCAAAUGCAAGGCUGAUGGCACUGUGGACAGGUAUAGAGCGAGGCUAGUUGCAAAAGGGUACACACAACAAGCUGGAGUGGAUUUUCGUGAUACUUUCUCCCCAGUGGCCAAGCUUGCCACUGUUCGAGUUCUCCUAUCCUUAGCAGCUAUCAAAGGAUGGUCUUUGUGGCAAAUGGAUGUAAACAACACCUUCUUAAAUGGAGACCUCUUCGAAGAGGUGUACAUGGAGCUGCCAUUAGGACACAAGGACAGAAAUAAAGGACUUGUUUGCAAGCUAAAUCAUGUGGUUUAUCUACUGGUAUAUGUAGACGACAUCAUCCUAGCAAGUGCUUCUUCCACUAUGCUGUCAAACGUUCAGAAACUGCUUCAAUCCAUCUUUAAACUCAAGAUUCUUGGAGAUCUAAAAUACUUUUUUGGUCUAGAAAUUGCUAAAUCCACUGAUGGCAUCCAUCUAUGUCAGCGAAAAUACACCCUUAACCUACUGCAAGACACUAAUUUCACAACUUGUAAACCAACUGCAUUACCAAUGGAACCUAACCUGAAGUUGAGCUCAACAGAUGGCACCCAUUUGAGUGAUCCAUCCUUAUAUCGAAGACUGGUGGGCAGGCUAAUGUACUUAACAAUAUCUAGACCUGAAAUCACUUAUGCAGUUAACACCUUGAGUCAGUUCAUGAAAAGUCCAAACUCGUCCCACAUGGAUGCUCUCCACCACAUCCUUCGGUACUUGAAGGGAAGUCCAGGACAAGCUUUGUUUUUUCCAGCCAACUCCGACAUACGGCUCAUGGCAUAUGCUGAUUCAGAUUGGGUAGGGUGUCCAGACACCAGACGCAGUGUCGCAGGCUACUGUACUUUCAUUGGCAACUCUUUAAUAUCCUAG